UAAUUCUCCUCCGUCUUCGCGCUUGUCAUUUUGAAACAUUCUCUCUUUUCGGUUUUUUUUUUCCAAGAGAAACGAAUCAUAUUUGGCACAACCACAAUGGAGAAAAAGCUUGCCGAAAAUUCUGACAAAGACGAGGAGAACAACGCCGGCGAGACGCCUCAUCAUGCAUCAUUGGAACCAAGGAAUCCCGACGAUGAUAACAUUGCCAAACACGAUGAUCAUGCUAAGGCGGACUCUGCUACAGAGGGAGAGGCCACAGAUGAGGUGCCUAAGUGUCCUCUCAACCUCGGCAAGCUUUCGGCAGACGUGGAUUCAUGGGUUGUUGAGAGUAUGCUGCACCAGAAUGCAGAUAUCACGGAGAUCCCUGAUUGCGUUGAUAAGUUCUUGGAUCUCGUCGAAGAAAAUAUUGUCACGUACGACGCGGGAGAAGGCAGAACGAGAUGGGGCGAGGUGCCGGAGCAAGAUUCUUCCUUCCUGGAAUCUGUGAAUCGGAUUUAUAAGCUCUCCAAGAUGCUGAGUCAGUCGCAAUGUUCCUCGCAGCAUGUCAACGAACGGAAAGAUUCGUUGGUCAACCGCAUCGGGGUCAUGCGACAGGGGGCCAUGUCGUAUUUGGAGGAGGUGCUCCGGGUGCUCAUGGAAGAAUAUCGAAAUCAAUAUAAAGGAGAAUUCGAGUCGACUGGUUAUGAUCCGAAAGGGAAGCAGGUAGAGCAUGACCCUUGCGCACCGCCGGACUCUGAGCAUUCGGAUUUUCCGGGUUAUUCUGAGGACACCAUAACCAGUUUGAACAAGAUAGCCAGGGAGAUGAUAUUGUCUGGAUAUGAAUCUGAAUGUUGCCAAGUUUAUAUUAUUUCAAGGAGAAAUGCAUUUGAAGAGAGACUGCAUAAGUUAGGGUUCGAGAAAAUCAGCAUUGAUGAGAUUCAGAAACUGCCAUGGGAAUCGUUAGAGAAAGAGAUUCCUACGUGGGUUACAACCUUCAAGGAAUGCGCCUGUAACUACUUCCCCGGCGAACUGAAGCUCGUGGAAUCCGUGUUUAAAGAACACCCGUCGGUAGGGGCUGGCCUCUACAGCAAUCUAACUCGUGGCGUCGUCAUACAGCUUCUCAAUUUCGCAGAAGGAGUAGCCAUGACGAAGCGCUCCGCCGAGAAGCUAUUCAAAUUCCUCGACAUGUGCGAGACCUUGGGGGUGGUGAUUUCCGCCUUGAACCGUUUACUCACGGAAGAGCGUGGUGGUGAGCUCAAGGCCGAGACGGCGUCGGCGAGAAGUAGACUCGGAGAGGCCGCGAUAAGCAUAUUCUGUGACCUAGAGAAUUCGAUCAAAGCGGAAGCGGGAAAAACUGCGGUUCCCGGCGGAGCGGUUCACCCACUGACUCGCUACGUCAUGAACUAUCUCCCGUACGCUUGCGAGUACAAGGACACCUUAGAGCAGGUUUUCAAGGAGCACGCAAAGCUUCAGGGCGCUGACCCAACCAGGGGAUCACACCAGAAUCAUCAGGAGAGUGAUCGAGACGACGGCAAGGAGGAGUCGCCGUUCGCAGAGCAGGUGAUGAGGGUGAUGGAAUUGCUGGACGCAAGUCUCGAAGGGAAGGCGAAGCUGUACAAGGACGUGUCAUUGGGUUGCAUCUUCAUGAUGAACAACGGCAGGUACAUACUGCAGAAGAUCAAAGGGUCGUCGGAGAUAUACCAACUGUUGGGGAACACGUGGUGUCGGAAGAAGUCUUCGGAUCUAAGGGCGCAGCAUAAGAACUACCAGAGGGAAUCAUGGAGUAAGAUAUUGCGUUGUCUAAACCCUGAAGGUUUGACCGUGAACGGAAAAGUGCAGAAGCCAAUUCUGAAGGAGAGGUUCAAGAGCUUCAAUACAAUGUUCGAUGAGGUACACAAGACGCAAAACUCGUGGAUUGUGAACGACGAGCAGCUUCAGUCAGAGCUGAGGGUUUCGGUAGCUGGGCUGGUCAUUCCAGCGUACAGAGCGUUCGUGGGGAGGUUUUCUCAGAAUUUGACUGCGGGGAGACAAACAGAGAAGUAUAUAAAGUACCAGCCUGAGGAUAUAGAGACUUACAUCGAUGACCUCUUUUCUGGGAAUCCCCAGUUCAUGUCUAAAAGGAAACUAGUGUAAUAUAAAUUAUACAUCCAUACGUAUAAUUUUUACUUAAAAAAAAAACAAAGAGACAAACAAGGAUGAAGGAUAUAGAUAUGUAUGUAUGCGUAUGAUCAGUCCGUAAAAAGGUCCUAGGCUCGAUCUUAGCAGCUAGGAUGAGUCCGUUGUUUGGGAAGCAACGUACGGCAGGUUAUUUGCAUCGCACAAAUUAUCAGUUUUGUUUCUGUAAAACUUAGUUUGAAUUUCUGGGCAUGGUCUCAACUCUGUAUCGCCCUUUUUUAUUGUAUUCAAAGUUUUUUUUAACCAAUUGUAUUCCAAUCUUUAAACCACAUUAUUGGAAAGGUGAUCCGGUGUUUUCCAAUGCUUUGCAACAAAAAAUGCAAGGGUUACUAUUUGAAAGGUGAUGGGAGUUUACGACAUCUCUUAGAGGUAAUAUGUUAGCACUUGAAGAUUAGUUUUCAGGUCAAGAAGACGAGUUUACGGCCGGGGUGAAUCAAACUUUCGUCGCAGGCCACAAAAUAUGGUCAAACAAAUCACCCAUUAUUUAGAUUUGAAAGUCAGGUCUGGAAGAAACUUGGCCACUCGAAUUUUGCUUCGAUAAAAUUGGUCUUCUUCUUCUUCUCUUUUUUUGUGUUUGGGGUGUUGUGCGGGUGGCAGAGGGAAGGGAAUGGCAAAAAUUUCUUCGCUAGAGUCCCUUGGAUGGAGACGAGGACCUUAUCACCGCUCCAUGCAAGAGUAUUAUCUGGAAAAAUACCAGCAUCAAAGAUCAUUGGGAUCUUCUAGAUAUUAGUAACAAGUCUGGAUGGACUUGAAAGUAAAUUGGAAAAGCGUGAGAAUGACUUCAGUGCCCUUUAACUAUGUUAA